GGAAAAGCCGAGGCGGGAAGCUGACGUCGCGGCGCCUUCCCGCGUGUGGCGCGUAAGGACUGUGGCCGCAAGAACUUUCCUCUCCGUUGCAGCUGUGAAGUGAGGCCGGUUGCAUGGGCGGCAGGUAUCACAGGCGUGGGGGAGGCUGAGCCACCCGCAACAACCAGGUAUUCUGAAAAAGAUGUUUUUAAAACCUUUUACAUAUCCACUACCCGAAACAAGGUUUCUUCAUGCAGGCAGAAGUGUAUAUAAACUUAAAAUCAGAUAUGGCAACUUCCUCAGCAGUGAUGAUAUAGACAAUAAUGAAAGUACUGCCAAGGAACUAGAGGAAGCCAUUCGAGUAAUCAUUGGAAAUCUUGAUAAUUUACAUCCAUUUGCUACAGAACGCUUGACAAUAUUUCCAUAUUUAAGUAAAUGGGAGAGAGUAUCAAAAUUGAGAUUCAAACAUGGGGAUACAUUUCUUGCUCCAUAUCCUCAUGUUUGCACUAUGUAUGUUGAACUCAAUUCAUUUCAGCAAAGUAUAUUUGUUGGAAAAGAAAUAAAUAUGGAUGCUUGUAACUUUGUCAAGGAUAGAAUUGAAAUGAUAGAAAAUGUUGAAACAGAAGUAACAGUGAAGUGGAGAAGAGUGGAAGAUCCAGCAGAAAUUUCACAUGCAAAGCCAUGUAUGGAUAGAACUGAAACUGAAAAUAUUCACAAUGGAAGCAAGUCAAAAGGUGACUUCAGAAUGUCAGAAGAUAUUCAGCAGAAAUAUCAGGAUCCUGCAGCCCUUAGGAAGGACUAUGGCCAUAUGAGUGUAUGGGAACCUGUGGAAUAUAACAUCGAACAAAGCACAGAAACCACCCAGAAAGAAGGUAAAAUGCAACUGCAACAGCAAAUCAGCCCCAUUAGAAAUGAAGGAAAUGUGGAGUCAAAAGGAAGAGGUUUCCUUGAGUUAGUGAAAAGCACACUCUUUCCUCCACUACAGCGCAUUUUUGGUGGAAGCAGCUGACUUCUUGAGCUUGUGGAAAGGUGGACUUGUAGCUUAAACUUCAGAAGGUUUUGCCACUCCCCCCGAGUUCAGCUUUUAAAAUUGUUUGUGUCCAAAUUAGUAAAUGCAAUUACUUAAGCUGUUUAUUACUUUUUAAAGUAUGCUAU